UAUAAAUAGUAGUUCCCUCAAAGACAUAGUUAAGUAAUUACAGCUGAGUUAUUUCUAAAACCGCAAUGGAAGCUCUCCAAAGGUGUAAUGAAUCCAAGUAUGAGUGCUUGCUAUUUGAUAUGGAUGAUACUUUGUAUCCCUUGAGCCUGGGUCUUAACCUAGCAUGCCGCAAGAACAUAGAAGAGUUCAUGUUGGAACACUUGGAAAUUGAAGAAGAUCACGUUCCCAGGCUGUGCCUUGAGCUUUACAGGGAGCAUGGGACGACUAUGGCUGGCCUAAAGGCUUUGGGCUAUGAAUUUGACAAUGAUGAGUUCCAUGCUUAUGUGCAUGGAAGACUGCCUUACAACAAUCUCAAACCGGAUCCAGUACUAAGAAAUCUCCUGCUUUCCAUGCCACAGCGAAAAAUAAUAUUCACUAACGCGGAUGAAGCACAUGCAUCUCAAGUUCUUACUAGGCUGGGAUUGGAGGAUUGUUUCGAGGGAGUCAUAUGUUUUGAAACUCUUAAUCCCCCUCCUGUUGAAAACGUAGUCGAUGAGGACAAAGAUACCGCUGCUGAGUAUAUUAGGCCGUCCACAAUUUUAUGCAAACCGGCUCUUGAAGCCAUGGAAGCUGCUAUUGAGAUUGCAAAUGCUGAUCCAAAGAAGACGAUCUUUUUCGAUGACAGUCCUCGGAACAUUGUUAGUGGCAAAGCUGCAGGCCUUCACACUGUUAUUGUGGGAAGCUCGACUCUGGUAGCAGGAGCAGACCAUGCAUUGAGCAGCAUCCACAAUUUUAAAGAAGCUUUACCUGAGCUGUGGGAAGGAGAAGGAAUAGAGCAAUUUGAACCAACUGUCCAGCCUCCUCCUGUUGAAACUCAAGUCCUUGCUUAGUAUUCUAGUCUUAUUUACUCAACAUGUGUAAUUCUAUCGAUUGAAAGAAAACAGAAGGCAGAUAAAAUUUAAAGACCCUUGCCAAGUCAUUCUAUGUUAAUGUAUGUGUAGCACUUACUAAUUCUCUGGUAUAUUUUUCACAAUAUUUCUCUUUUUACGAA